CCAAAAAAAUAUCAGUCUACUAUUAAUUGUUUUCCCAUAAUAAGAAAUAGUAACUUUGUAUAAAAUGAACGGCACUUUGUUAGCACUAUGCUUAGGCAUACUUCUAUUUGGUGGAUUUAAAUUUAUGACAGCCUAUACCAUUCAAUCAGCUCAAAGUGAUCGAGUGCAAUACAUUGCCGUUGAAAAGGGCACCCCAAAUUCAAAAAACUAUCGUAUAUAUUAUACCAAUCAAGAUGGGCACGCAAUUUCACCGAUGCACGACAUACCAUUGUUUGUAAACGGUUCGCAAAAUGUGUAUAAUAUGGUGGUGGAAAUCCCACGUUGGACGCAAUCGAAAAUGGAAAUAUCUCUUUCGGAAACGCUCAAUCCCAUCAAACAAGACGUAAAGAAAGAAAAACUGCGAUAUGUUGCGAAUUGUUUCCCUCAUCAUGGCUAUAUUUGGAAUUAUGGCGCCUUUCCACAAACCUGGGAAAAUCCUCAACACACAGAUCCAUCGACCGGAUGCAAAGGUGAUAAUGAUCCAAUUGAUGUGAUUGAAAUUGGAUCACGUGUUGCCAAGCGCGCUCAAGUGUUACAAGUUAAGGUUCUCGGCAUUUUGGCUCUCAUUGAUGAAGGUGAAACUGACUGGAAAGUUAUAACCAUUGAUGUAAACGAUCCAAAAGCGAACCAAGUCAAUGAAAUUACAGAUGUUGAAAAGGUUUUUCCAGGCCUUCUAAAGGCAACCGUUGAUUGGUUUAAAAUUUACAAAAUUCCCGAUGGAAAACCACCAAACGAAAUUGCAUUCAACGAUACCGCACAAAAUGCAACAUUUGCCAAUGAAAUUGUUCGAGAAACUCAUGCCUUCUGGAAAUCAUUGAUCAUGAAAAACAUUGAAAGUGAUAAGAUCUCAUUGAUAAACACUGCUGUGAAUGAUUCACCAUUUGUUAUUCCUCAAGCAGAAGCUGAUCAGAUUAUGCAUUCAGCAGCUGAAUGGGGUACAGCUGAACCAGUACCAGAUACAAUCGAUACAUGGCACUACAUCACACUUUGAAACUUAGUCAUGAAUUCAAAAAUUCACAUAGAAAGAGAUUGGAAUUUCAGAAUAUCUUGAAAAUAUUCACAUUUACUAUUAAAUCAAAUCUAUUGAUAUUUACACGUAAUUUUCAAUAAAUAAAAAAGCUUUUCUCUUUUGUAAAAGAUAAGUAAACUAUCAUUAUCGUUAUCAAAUCGUUCAAAUAGAAUCAGACUCAAUUUAAUACAGAGAAUAAUAUGAAUCAUUAUUAAGGAACGUGAUUUGAUUACAUGGUUUAUAGAGUUUUACUUUUCCGCACA